AUGUCGUUUAAGGAAGAACCGCGUUCACCUUUGCAACCACCGACGUAUGGAAACCUCAUCACGAUUCUCAGUAUCGAUGGGGGAGGAGUACGAGGAAUCAUUCCGAGUGUUAUCCUUGAAUUUUUGGAAAGUGAAUUACAGAAAUUAGAUGGUGAGAAUGCACGGCUUGCUGAUUAUUUUGAUGUAAUGGCUGGGACAAGCACUGGUGGUCUUGUGACGGGUAUGUUAGCCACUCCAAAUGAACAGAACCGUCCUGUUUUCGCGGCUAAGGAUGUUAAAGAUUUCUAUCUUGAACAUUGUCCUAAAAUCUUUCCACAUGACGACAAUCUUUUAGCUCCUGCUACGAAAGUGGUGAAAGCUUUAUCAGGACCAAGAUACGACGGUGAACACCUACACAAAAUUAUUGAAGAAAAAUUACAAAAAAGACGACUCCAUGAAACAUUAACGAAUGUUGUGAUUCCAACCUUUGACAUCAAAUAUAUGCAGCCUAUGAUCUUCUCAAGCUAUCAGAAAAACUCGAGUCUUGAUGCCAAGUUAUCUGAUAUAUGCAUUGGAACAUCGGCAGCCCCAACUUAUCUUCCUUCACAUUCGUUCCAAAUCGAAGAUUCUGAAGGAAACUUGCUUAGAGAAUUCAAUCUUAUUGAUGGUGCAGUAGCUGCCAACAAUCCUACUUUGGUUGCAAUAAGUGAAGUAACAAACGAAAUAACUAGAGGAAGUCCCAAUUUUUUUCCGAUAAAGCCAACGGAAUACGGCCGAUUUCUAGUCCUAUCAUUGGGAACGGGGUCGCAAAAAUUUCAAGAGAGGUAUGAUGCUACAAAGUCGUCUAAUUGGGGUAUUUUGGGGUGGUUGGCCGGUGAAGGCUCAACUCCGUUGGUGGAUGUUUUUACUCAGGCGAGUGGAGAUAUGGUCGAUUAUCAUAUCUCUACUGUCUUCCAAGCUCUUCAUUCAGAAGAAAAUUAUCUACGUAUUCAGGAUGACAAUUUAAGCGGAGAUCUAGCUUCCUUGGAUCUGGCGACCAAAGAAAACCUGGAGAAUCUUGUAAAAGUGGGCGAGGAGUUGUUGAAAAAACCGGUGACAAGAGUGAAUCUGGGCACAGGCAUAACCGAACCGUACUAUCACACUACCAACGAGAUGGCCUUAAAAAAGUUUGCGAAAAUACUUCACCAUGAGAAGAAUGUUCGAGAAGCUAGAUCACCAAGUACGAAUAAAGGACCGUUUAAUCGAAGCGACUCAAUCGAAGACCGAAUUGCACGUUCAAAAGGAGUGCCUGCGCUCUCCAACGCGAUUAAUCACUCUCUUCCCGACUUACAUGAACUCAAUCAGAACUAAGAUUUUAUUCGUUGUACUCGCGAAUGCAAUUAAUCAUUUAUCAUGUUCUUUUUUUCAUUUCUAAGCUCGUAGUUUAUUCUAUUUGAUUAAGAACUUACAAUAAUCAAACAUAAUUAUG